AUCGGGGGCCAAAUGGGGCUAUUCAUUGGGGCCAGCAUCCUCACCGUCCUGGAGCUCUUUGACUACGCCUAUGAGGUAAUUAAGCACAAGCUGUGCAGACGCGGGAAGUGCCAGAAGGAGGCAAAGAGAAGCAGCGCGGACAAGGGCGUGGCCCUCAGCCUGGACGAUGUCAAAAGACACAACCCCUGCGAGAGCCUUCGGGGCCAUCCGGCCGGGAUGACGUAUGCUGCCAACAUCCUACCUCACCAUCCGGCCCGAGGCACGUUUGAGGACUUUACCUGCUGAGCCCCUCAGGCCACUGUACCAAAGGCCUAGGUGGGGAGGGCGGGAGAGUAAGGGGCCCUCAGAUGCCCCCCCACAUCUGCCCUGGGGGCUCAUCUGCACUCCUCGGCAGUCCUUUCCUCUUGUCUGUGUGAGGAAAGAGUCUUACCAUAGAGUCCUCUCUCCCUGCCUCUACCCCAUUAUUUUAAUUUUAACAAAACUAAACUAAUCUGAAAAAAAAAAAACAGAGAGAGAAUGGGGCAAGGGACCUCAGGCUGCUCCAUGCUGCCUCCCCUAGCGCCCAGCCUGAAUUCUGUCUGUCUGACUGUCUGUCAUCUGAGUGUCCACCUACAUUCUGCUGCCACCAGUCACCAAAGCCCCCUCCCAGUGAGGGGUGAAGGGAAUCCCAGGGGUCUGGAAUUUGGCCCCAAACCAGAGAAUGUACCUUAAGGGGAGGGCUAGUGAGGGGGCUUCCCCAGCCUUAAGAGACCCUCUCAGUACAGUGGCUCCCCCCAAGCCCAAGUCUCCAGGCAGGAACUAAAUCCUCAUCUCACUCCCUCACACCAUGUGGAUUCUCUAGAGGGUGGGGGAGUCCCCUGAAGAAGUGGAGACAGAGACAAGAUGUGGCCCUGGUGCUGUAGGCCACAUCUUCUUAAUACCUACAAGUUCACCCCACCCUAAAGCUGCUGGAGAGAAAUCCCAAGAAGCAGCCCCCUCUAUAUCCCAUAAAAGACCUGGCUGGUUAUCUUCCAGCUCAGGGAGAGGGGCACUGGUGCCUGACCUCACUGGCUUCUCUCCCAGAGGCCCUGGCAGGGGGCCGCAUCCAUAAAUUUUCUUAUGGAACUCUCCCAAAUCCUCUUCCCCAACUUCAUUUGCUUCUUUCAACAACCUCAUCUGCAUUUUCUAUUUCUAUAUGAUACAAACUCUAUAUUGCUAUAUCUCUGUAUAUACUUUCCUCUAACCUUGUCUGUCUCCACCCCAUCCCCUCUUGUCUCUAAGAGCCAUCCUCCCACCCCAAGUUCCCCCUUCUGUGUUUCUUCCCCGUCCCUGGUCUCUGAAUGCCUUCGCCUGUAUAAAGAGUUGGAUUCUCCCUGGUGUCUGUACUGUGUACACACAUCCCUUUGAGAAGCACAAGGAGACGACACGCGCAUUGUAACCUUCGCACUGUCUCGGUGGCGACAUAAAGGAAGCUGUGAAUAACAAGCUCUGCCUCUUUCUGGCCUCACCCUCUCCCUUCAACCCGGGCACCCUCUGCCCUUCCUGCAGCCUUAACAUUCCCUUUCUCUGCUCCAACUAUCCCAAUGCCCUUUGUCUGGCUGACUGUGGCCUCCUCAGGGACGGGGUUGCUACAGAGGUAGCCCCACCUAGGAGAUGGAAAGCUGUGCUGGACACUAAACUAAGAGUGUUAAAAACAGAAGGGAGCCAGGGAUUGGUGACUCCUGCAGCUGGGGCAGAAGGUGCCCACAGGCAGAAGUUGACAUCCUCAGUCAGUGGCCUUUCCCUCCUUCUGGGUGCCCAGCCCCCCUUCCUCACCUGAUGUCUAAGCCCACCAUUCAUAUUUUCUGGUGAGGCAGGGUUUGGUCAUAGGAGGAAAGAGGCAGACCUGGGGGGGGGUGGGAGUUGAAAGCUCUGCUGUUCUAUCCCUCCCUACCUUAGUGAGAGACAAGUGAGGGAGAGGGCCUGCCCCACCCCCUCCACCAGGCAUUCCUUCCAGGCCAGAGCCCCAACCCCUUCCCAGGCCUUCUCAGCCCAGCUGUCUCUUGGUCUACAUUCCCAGAACAGGACCUGUGCAUUGGCCUGGAGCUAAAGAGUGAGAUUAUAGGAACUCUUGGGAACUAAUGGGAACUUUUAAUUCCCAAGAGUUCCUUAGAGAUCACCUCUUCCCAAAGGGAAGCAGGAGGAAGGCCUAAAAGUGUGCACUAAAUGGGGGACAGCAGGCAGGGCUCUGGGUGACGCAUGCCUCUGGUCUAAUAAACUGGGUUUCAACCAUCUCCUCUUCA